GCGCGCAAGGUGCAGAGAGCGCCAGUGCAGGCGGCCGCACCAUGAAGCCGGUGCCGGGUCGUGUUUGUGCAGCGUUGCUGCUACUGGCUUUAACCGCUUUCAGCUCGUCGUCCUCCUCUGGCGAGCUGAGGCUUCGUCCCUCAGCUACUCCUAACACAACAACUGUGCAUCCAUCCAUUGAAUCUCCAAACCAUACAGCAACAACGCAAAUAACCACCAAAACAGAAACCACUGUAACAACUGUGCUUACAACUGGUAGGCCAGCAACCACCAAAUCUGGGAGUAGCACAGCAACUGCUACCACAGCAGCUUCUGCAAAUAGUACAAGUGCUGAUAUUAUUACAACUGCCUUGCCUAUUGUUUCACAUUUUGAUAUUGGAAGUUUUGUAGGCGGUAUUGUGCUGGCUUUGGCUGUCAUGGCUGUUUUCUACCUUGGACGAAGAUUUUGCAUUUCCAGAAGUGGCACUCGGUACAGAACUAUUGAAGAAACUGAGGCAAUAAUCUAAACAUCAAACUUGAAGACGCCAAGAGAUCGCAUUGCUUCUUCCAUGAAUUGGAAUCUAUUAUUGCAAGAUGUCUUUGUUCAGAUUUUUGAAUAUUAAAAUACAAUGUUUUUCUAGAAAACUUUCUACCCAAAAGCACUGUUGCAUUGGAUUAAUGCUUUUAGAUUUCAAAGCAAACAAUAUAAUUUUAAAAUCUGAAAGUGCCUUUUGAGCUCAACCAGCUGCUAGACUAUGCUUUGUAGUUGUGAUUACAGCUUCAGGGUAUAGAAAUUGUUAGGAUUCACAGAUUAUCAUUCAAAGAUCACUUUGGGUAGAAUCUAAUUGGUACAAAGGCAAACUUUUUUUCCUUGAAGCCUUAGACUUUCUCAUUUAGCUGAAAUGUCUGAACGCAAGCUUUAGUUCGUUGGAAAUUUAAACUAUUCAACCUUGUUGAUUCAAGGUCAAUGUCUCAAGUUUUCACUAUGUAUAACAAUCAGAAUGUCAACAUGAAGUUAUGUGCAGAGAGAAAUUCUAAGCUGCAACUGCACAGUAAGAUUACUUCUGCUUUAUUACUGGUGAUUUUACUGCCUUAGAGUUGAAUAACAUUCUUUUGCUAUUUUACUGGUUAUGUCUACUCAACAUAUUUAAUAAUUUGUUGUAAAAGACACCAGUUGUAAUUUCUAGUUUAUCAACUAUAUUUUAUUACUAGUUUUUUUGUUUUAUUAGUGAAUUUUUGACUUAAGAGUUUUCUGUACUGAUUCUUUAUAAGGCAGAUUUCAGUUAGAUCUUAAACCAUUUCCUGUUUCAAAAUAAAAGGUUUUUAUUUAAAACUACCAACUAUUCAACAUGUAAAGCAUCCUCUUUGAACAAGUGCAUUGAUAGAAAUAUAGUUUAAAUAUCUUGUGUAAGCUCUAUUUCUUGUCCUGCUUAAGUUGGGUAAUUGCACUUUAAAAUGAAUUUUAACAAGUUCUGUGCAGCUGAGUAAUAUGUUUUUAAUGACUUGAUUCCAGCCAUUUUGAAUACAAUUACUCUUAAGAACAAUCCACAAAUUGGGAUGAACCUCCAUAAAUAAAGGAUAGUCAUAUUUUGCAAUUUUGAGACAUUUAAUGUUUUAGACCUGAAGUUUGCUGUUUUGUGUGAACACUGAACUUUGAUUUAUGUUAAUAUACAGCUGCUUUUAAUGCAGAUAUUGUUUCCACAAGGAACCAACAAAUUUCAGUUCAUGCCUUGUGUAAGCUAAGGUGUUUAUAAUCACUAACAGUAAACAACUAAAGUAUACUGCAAUCAAAGCGCUUUGACACAAAUGCCUGUAGUUGUGAUAAAAUUAAACUUUGCAUUCUUUAACUCUUUGUUACUACACAGAAUUUGCCAUGUUUCAAACACAGUACUCUUUCUGGCUUGCAAUGGUGAUGGCAUUGUAUUGGAUGUGACCAUUUUAGUACCAGUUUAAAUUGUCCAACAACUCCAAUUCCAGCACUGGCAGUUCUGUACGUUGUCUUGAGAAUAAGGCAAAACCAUUCAGGAGUGAUAUUAGGAAGCAGUUUUAUCAGAAGGUGGUAGAUGUUUUGAACUUUCUUCCAUUAAUGUAGUCGAUGCUAAAUUGGUUGUUAGUUUUCAGUCUGAGAUUUUUGUUAAGCAAAGAUAAAGGGAUAGGGGCCAAGUACAAGUAAGUGAAAUUAGGCUCAGUAGGCUAUUCAGCCCCUCAAGCCUGUGGCCUAUGUUCCCUCAGACUGUUUAGCCAAUCAGUCAACCUGCAUAGUUAAGGUUCUUUAUGUAUUUGUUUGGCUCCCUUUUCUCCUCAAAAAAGCUACCUGCCAAUGUGAAAAAAUCUGGCCAGCCUAAUCUCUUCACAGAAUUGGCAAAUAUGCAGUGUGGAUUUUUCACAAAGCAGAGCUGAAAGUAUUUUCAGACAAAACUCAUUGGUUCCAAAUGGAAAUUUUUAACCUCAAGUGUGACAAUGGCCAGACGGUUUAGUAUUAAUAGAACAUGCUUUGCAAGCACUUAAACAGGUCUACCACCACCUCAGCAAUUACAAAUGGGAAAUAAAUACUUGACUGCAAA